UGAUGUGGGCGGGAAUGAGACAAAGUGUGCUAAAGGAAACCAACAGCGGCCUAGGGGUGAAAGGACAGCCAGGGUUUGAUGUUCUCGGGAAGCGUGGGCAACCGAGAGAGUCCGUGAGCAUUUGUCCUUUUACCCGUCUGUCUUUAGCCUUAGUGUUCGGUAGCAGCGGGGAUAGCCCAGGGCCGGUGUAUGGCCACGGAGUUACAGUGUCCGGACUCCAUGCCCUGUCACAACCAGCAAGUAAACUCUGCCUCAACCCCAAGUCCUGAGCAGCUGCGACCUGGCGACCCGAUCCCGGACCAUGCAGGGGGAAACAGAGCCCCCAGGGCCAAGGUGACUCUUCUCACGGGGCACGCACAUUCUAGUCUGCCGGCCGAGCAGGACACCGGGGCCUGUGGCGGCUCCAGCCUCAUCUUAGAGAGCAACAGUGGUAGUGGUGACAGUAGCAGCUAUGACGCACCAGCUGGCGACUCCUUCCUAGGGGACUGCGAACUCUCCCGGCAGAUCGGGGCGCAGCUUAAGCUGCUGCCUAUGAAUGAUCAGAUCCGGGAGCUGCAGACCAUCAUCCGGGACAAGACAGCCAGUAGAGGGGACUUCAUGUUUUCUGCGGAUCGUUUGAUCAGACUUGUUGUGGAAGAGGGAUUGAAUCAGCUGCCAUAUAAAGAAUGCAUGGUGACCACUCCAACAGGAUACAAGUAUGAAGGAGUGAAAUUUGAGAAGGGAAAUUGUGGGGUCAGCAUAAUGAGAAGCGGUGAGGCAAUGGAACAAGGUUUACGAGACUGCUGUCGAUCCAUACGAAUUGGAAAGAUCCUGAUUCAGAGUGAUGAGGAGACACAAAGAGCCAAAGUGUAUUAUGCCAAAUUCCCCCCAGACAUUUACCGGAGAAAAGUCCUUCUGAUGUAUCCAAUUCUCAGCACUGGAAAUACUGUAAUUGAAGCUGUAAAGGUUCUUAUAGAACAUGGAGUUCAACCCAGUGUUAUCAUCCUACUCAGCCUGUUCUCUACGCCUCAUGGUGAGUUCAGCAUAAGGCAGUAAAUAGGGCUUCAGAUAGUCCUGAGGUGGGUGCCAAAUCAAUCAUUCAGGAGUUUCCAGAGAUCACAAUUUUAACUACUGAAGUUCAUCCUGUUGCACCUACACAUUUUGGACAGAAAUACUUUGGAACAGACUAAGUUAUUGAAGUAAAAUGAAUUAUCUCGUGUAAUAUUACAAUCAUGUUUUGAUUUUCUAUUUGUUUUACUGAUUCAGUUGAGGGUGCCAGAAAAAAAUGUGUUAAAAUGCUUUUUAGUUUUAGAAGUGGGUAUAUUGGAGGUUAUAUCUCAUUUAGUUAUUUCUUUACUGUUAGCACCAAAUUCAAUAAUGAAGUACAUGCAAUUCUUAUAAAACAUAAAUUUUAAUAAUACCCUAAUAUAAAUUACUGAGCCCUCAGAGCAUUAAAAUUAUUUCCUAAUUUAUGAGCCUCUUAGUUUGGAGGUUGCUUGAAGCCACAAGUAAAACUCAAAUGGGAGCCAGUUCUUUGUCCCAUUGUAUUUUGCAUUUUGUUUAGUUUGGUUUUAGCUCUAGUAAGAUUUCAUAUAUGUGGCUAUUGCCACAUUCUUCUACUGUUUUCUUUCUGAUACUGUUUAUUCUAGUAACUUGGAGAGGAGAAUAAAUGAAUGUCUCCUGGAAUUUUACAUUCCUAUUAAUGUUCUAACUCAAUUGGCAGACCUAGGAUGUAUGGGUAACUCUCAGGCCAUUAUGUUCUUCAUUGCUCAUUUCCCAAGCUGUGCAUUGUCGGUAGGUGCCUUGCUAAGCUGAAAUGCAGUGAAGAAGAUGGUGGGGCAUUUUCGGUAACUGGAACUAUAACAUUAAUUUACAAGAUUGAACCAGGUAUGUCUGGAUGCUGACAAGGGAGAGAGAGCCAAGCACUGUUGAUGCCAUCAAUACUCCAGGAAGGAAUUGGUGGUUUUUCUGAAGUGUAGGAGAAAGGGUGGUUUCUUGCUGAAUUUCAUGGCCAUCAAGUAAAUUUAAAUGCUUCAUUUUUAAUUUGGAUGUUUCUGCUAGAGACCUUUGAUUUGGAAUUAGUUAUUUUGCAUGUUUGUCAAUGGUAGAUGUAUUAAAAUAGAAAAAAUACCAUGCUUUUUAUAAAAACUCCUAAGAUUUGUGUAUGUUCAUCUUUAUGCUUCUGAAAGGGAGAGAAACAAUUUUGGAAAUCAAUGUUCGUGUUCUGAAAUCUCUUGUAAAACUCUGAUCUCAUUUUACGUUGAGAUUAAAACAUUUUAAUAGUGGUG